UCCAGGGCCAUGGAGGAGGUGGUAGCUCGGGCCAUAUCCAAAGGGAUCUCAGAUGGCAUGGUACAGCGGGCGGCCCAGUUGCCCUCUGUGGCGCACAAGCCAGCCCCCAGUCAGGCCAAGAUCCCCAAGGCUUCUGAAGCUAGGGCACCCUCUCCUGCCCCCACGGGCCUUAGUGAGGUGUCAGAUCAGGAGGAGCCUGAGGUAGAAGUUCCGGUCCUAUCGGAGGAUGAGGAACCUGCCGCUGAACAGGCCACGGGCUCAGCCCUAUUCAAUCCGGCCAUG